CUUCGCCGAAUUGUUUCACUCUCCUCCUAUACCUUCCUUCUUGAAUGCUCUUCUUGAUUUGACUCCUCCCCUUUCAAAGCACAACUUGACCUUGGCUGACGCACCCCGCGUCCCCCCAACCCCCAGCAUGACCACGAAGAACCUUCUCAAGCCCGAGACCCUGCACUCCACCGAGGGAAUAAAGGAGGAUGUUGUGGUCGCCUCGAAAAGCACACUCCAGUCGCUGCGAGCGCUGGUCGCCGGCGGUGUGGGUGGAGUGUGUGCAGUCGUUGUCGGACAUCCGUUUGAUCUAGUAAAGGUGCGACUUCAAACGGCAGAGAAGGGCGUCUAUAGUGGAGCAAUGGAUGUCGUCCGGAGAACAAUCGCAAGAGAGGGUCUAGCACGAGGCCUCUAUGCUGGUGUGCAGGCGCCUCUUGUGGGAGUGACGCCAAUGUUCGCCGUUUCGUUCUGGGGAUACGAUGUUGGCAAGCAACUUGUGUCUACCUUCUCUACGGUACAGAACAACCAGUAUUCAGUCGCCCAGAUUUCGGCCGCCGGCUUCUUCAGUGCCAUUCCCAUGACCCUCAUCACGGCUCCUUUCGAGCGUGUAAAGGUGCUCCUCCAAAUUCAAGGGCAAAAGCAGCUAGCGCCUGGCGAGAAACCCAAAUACUCUGGGGGCGUUGAUGUUGUACGGCAGCUUUACAAAGAGGGCGGUAUUCGGUCUGUGUUCCGGGGCUCCGCUAUGACACUUGCUAGAGAUGGGCCAGGAUCUGCAGCGUACUUUGCUACGUACGAGAUCAUCAAGCGAAAACUCACUCCGAAGGACCCGGCUACAGGGCAGCCAGGUCAGCUCUCACUCUCCGCUGUCAUGGUUGCUGGCGGUGCCGCCGGUAUCGCCAUGUGGAUACCCGUGUUUCCAAUCGACACCGUCAAAUCACGGUUGCAGAGUGCAGAGGGGCGGCCAACGAUCAGUGGUACCAUCAAAGGCAUUCAUGCUAGUGGAGGUAUUAAAGCCUUCUUCCCAGGUAUGGGGCCAGCAAUGGCUCGGGCCGUUCCGGCAAACGCAGCAACCUUCUUGGGUGUCGAACUUGCACACAAAGCCAUGACUAAGGCGUUUGAUCGAGAUGAAGAGUAGAUCUGAGCAACUAAUUGGUCUGUAAGAGAACGGGUGAGGCAUAUCAAAGUAUUAUUACGUUUUGGAUGAAUAUUUCUGUUUAUCAUGAUCUGGCACGGCAUUUUAGAAUUCAUCGUCUCCG